AUAGCCACUAGUUUCUCCAACUCUCUCCUAAGCCUCAAUUCAAGAGAAUUUCCUGCCAAUGUGCCCCUGGAGAUCGAUCACUCACUCCUCUUCACUAUUGGAUUAGGGGUAAACCCUUGCGCCACAUGCAUCAAUGGGAGCCGCGUGGUGGCUGCGAUCAACAAUAUUAGUUUUGUUAUGCCGUCGACUUCUUCAUUGUUACAAGCACAUUUCUUCAAUUUAUCUAGAGUGUUUACGGCUGAUUUCCCCGGGAAGCCACCAUUGGCGUUUAAUUACACGGGAACGGGUCCGAGAAAUUUGAGGACAUUGACGGGGACCAGACUUUACAGACUUAGGUAUAAUUCGACGGUGCAGCUUGUGUUGCAGGAUACAGGGAUUAUUGCGCCUGAAAGCCAUCCCAUACAUCUACACGGGUUCAAUUUUUUCGUGGUGGGGAUGGGAGUUGGGAACUAUAACCCUAAGGCCUCGCCAUCGGUGUUUAAUCUAGUUGAUCCUAUUGAGAGGAAUACUGUUGGAGUUCCGUCGGGCGGGUGGGCGGUGCUAAGAUUCAGAGCCGAUAACCCAG